ACUCAUACCGCGAAGUUAUAGAUUGGUCCCAAAGCAUGCCUUAUAACUUUGGAUGUAGUUUACGAGGCUUUUGGUUCAUGGGUUGGAUAGGUGGCUGGAUCUCUUCUCCUCUUCUACCUCGAAUAUGGAAUCAUCUUACAGGUGGUUUUGCUGGAAAAAGCAAAUUCAAAGGGUCGCUGAAUGUGGUUGGCGUCUCAGCUUCUACGUUUGCGCUUGGAUAGCAGGUUUGACGAUAUUAAUGGGAGAGCCACAACUAAAGGACGUAUCUGAAUGUUGGCGGGGUUGGCCUCAUCAUAAUCUAACGACAGCAGUUUGGUGGUACUAUAUAUUGGAGGCCUCUUUCUACUGGGCAUUUUUUAUUGAAACACUUUGUGUCGAUGUUCGCAGAGCAGACUUCUUGCAAAUGUUGCUGCAUCAUGGAAUCACUAUUUUGUUACUUUACUUAAGCUGGUCUAUGAAUAUGGUCGGUGUUGGUAAACUGGUGCUUUUCGUUCAUGAUGCUGCAGAUAUCUACAUAUGGGAGACAACGCUGAACGUCAUAUUUGUGAUAUUUCUUGCCGUAUGGACCGGCACGCGCCUCGUCUACUACCCAUUCUGGAUUAUGCGAUCAAGCUGGUUCGACGCUCCGGAAAUGAUUCAGUCGUCUUAUCGCUGGACAAACUUAUGGCAACGGCCCUUGGUACCCAGAGUGUCGAUGGUAAUGCUCUCCGCACUCCUUGUACUUCACGUGUUCUGGACUUACGUUAUACUAAAAUUUUUGAAUAUGCUUUAUAGACGUCUGAAUAUAAGUGAAUUCGUGGUGCAAAAGUGCCUUUCUUGUUGUGAGACCCAUACAUCGGGAGGGAAUUAA